AUGAACAGAAAGGAGUUGGGAAGCAACGAUGACGAGAAGGUCGGCGAAGCAUCCUUCCACUUUGACAGAAUCUUUUGGCCUGAGGCUUCCCAGAAAGAAGUCUACACGGAAGUAGCAGAACCAAUCGUCAAAGGGGCCGUCUCUUCUUACACCGGACAGAGCUCAAAGGGGCAUAUUGCCAAGGCUUACGAGUAUCUUGUGAAAGUAUCGGUGGUGGAGCUUUACAUGGAAAAGCUUCGAGACUUGCUUCAGACGGAAAAAGACAAUCUGUCAAUACGAGAGUCAGCUGAGAAGGGAAUCUGGAUUGCCGAAGCGACGGAGGUGUUCGUUCAAAGCGAGCUGGAAAUGCUUCAAGUGCUGCAAGCAGGGGUGGAGAAUCGAGCAGUAGCUUCUACCAAUAUGAACAACGAAAGCAGCAGAAGCCACUGCAUCUACCUGAUCUCGAUCAUCGCAACUCACGUUGAAGAUCGAAGUGUCAAGACAGGGAAACUACAUUUGGUGGACCUUGCGGGGUCCGAGAAGGUGGAUAAGACAGGAGCGGAAGGACAAGUCCUGUCGGAAGCCAAAAUGAUCAACAAGUCCCUUUCCGCCUUGGGCAACGUCAUCAACGCGCUCACUGACGAAUUCAAUCCGUGCAACUUGGGAUUGCACCCUGAUGCACCCGGCGACUCUGCGGAGAUCUCACGCCUGAAGGCAAAAGUCUCGCUCCUCGAGCAACACCUUUUGAGGAUGAAGAACCAGAUCCUUCAGGAGCUGUCGAACAUGGGAACAAUCCGACUUCACGAGGACGGGUCGUACGACCAAGAAGGCGACUUGGACAGGGUUUACGUUGCGUUGCUUGAGGAGAUCCGUUCCUCAGAUCAGGGGCAAGAUGAGGACGUUGGCCUGUCCAGUUUACUACCAGAUGGAAGCAAGGCAAUCGACGGCAGUGACAAGCACUGCGGGGAUAGCGUGUGUCCUUCCCUGCAGAACCGGAUGGAGAGACUCGCCGUAUCGUACGCCCAGGCCCUGAAGCAGAAUGCACGUUUGACAGAGGAGAAGCGGGCGCUCGAGAGGAUGGUGCAACUCACCAGACUGAACCGCUCAGGUCACUCCUCCGACCGAGAGCCACGUAUCCUGCGGCCUAAGCGGGGGGACUGCGAAACGCCGGCGCCUGCAAAGCUUGACACUAGCGGUUUGCACGAUGUACACGGCUUGAUGCUUUUCCGCAUUUCUCCCGCUGCUAUCUGGAAGCACAUGGGUCUGGGAGAAUUGGUUCAUACUUGGGCGAAGUGGCACUAG